AUGAAGGGAGAUCCUAAUAAGUGCACUAGGAAUAAGUAUUGUCGCUUCCAUAGAGACCAUGGGCAUGAUACGGACAAGUGUUUUGAUCUAAAGCAGCAGAUUGAGAAUCUUAUAAGGCAGGGAAAAUUGAGGAGUUUUCUUGGACGAGACCACAAGGACGAGAAAUUCAAGGGAAAAGCGAAAGAGUCAUCACGACCACCUCUCGAAGAAAUCAGAGUUAUUAUAGGGGGAAGCUCUACAGGCCAGUCGUCCAAGUCCAAAAAAGUAUAUCUGAAGGUGGUGCAAAGCGUCCAACUCUCUAGACGGUCACCCAGAGAAAGGACCACGGACGAACAAGCAAUCACGUUCACGGAAGAUGAAGCUGAAAGAAUUCACCAUCCUCACGACGAUGCUAUCUUCAUUUCCUUGCUUAUUGCUGACUACACAACCAAAAGGGUGCUAGUGGAUAAUGGAAGCUCGGCAGAUAUUUUGUAUUUUCCAGCUUUUCAGCAGAUGAGGCUAGGACGAGACCGUUUUCGUCCAGUGAAUUCCCCCUGGUAG